AAUAUAAUAACAUUAGCAUUUGGCGGCAAGGUUGGAGAUACGAGCGGACCGACUAUUUCCGCGGUCUGCUUGAAAUGAAAAAGAGAGGAAUUCGCAGUUUCUUCCCUUUAUCCCAAUUCUCAUUCCGAUUACAGAUUUUCUCGAUCAUAGAUGGCCAGGGCACCCAUGACCGCUUCCGGAGCAUUGACCUCCUCCUCCCCUUCACUCACCACCACCACCGUCAUCUUACCCAACGGUUCUUCUUCCUCUCAACCCCCCGAAACCCUAGUGCUCCGUCUCAAUCGGAAGAAGAAGAAGGUCUCCUGGAAGGAAGGCACCGUCGAUAACGAGUUCAUGCAGAAAAAGAGCUCCAAGAAGUGCUGUAUAUUUCACAAGCAGAAACCCUUCGACGAGGACGGCAGCGAUCAGGAGGAUGAUGAUAAUCAUCAUCAUGGGAACGGAAACCCUUGCUGCUCUGGGGGAAACGGCGGGGAUGGUUCCAGUAGUGUCAGUUGAUAGUCCGGAUUCAGAUGUAAAGCUGAUGUUUCGAAAGGUUACUGGAUUCGUGCGUGUGUGUGUGUUUUUUCUUCUUCUUGGAAUCGGGUUGAGUGUCAGAUUAUCUGAUUAUACAUAUAUUUUUUGUCGAAUUAAUUGAUGACAUUUGCUGCUGGACGCGAUAUGUUAUUUAACUGAUCAAAGGGGGUUUCCCUAAAAUUCGAAUCGUUAUAGGUGGAUGUAUAUUGGCCACCGUUUUACCAAAUGAAAGUUUGUGUUGCCCGUUUUUUA